GCGUCACGUCCGGCGGAGGCGAUGGCGGCGGUGCGGGCUCGGGGCUGAGUGGAGUGGAGAGGCACGGCAUGGAGGGCGGACGUGCGCCUGCCUGCACUACGCAGGUCAGCUUUGUGUGCCAGCGCUGCAGCCAGCCGCUGAAGCUCGAUACCUCCUUCAAGAUCCUCGACCGGCUCACCAUCCAGGAGCUCACCGCGCCGCUACUGACCGCUGCACCUGCCCGGCCCGGGGAUGCGCAGGAGGAGAGCGCCCUGAGCGAGGAGGCCUUCACGGAGGGUCGGCAGGACGGCGUCUCCAGGAGGUUCAUCCCACCAGCCAGAAUGAUGUCAACAGAAAGCGCCAACAGCUUCACGCUGAUUGGAGAGGCAUCAGAUGGAGGCACGAUGGAAAACCUCAGCAGAAGACUGAAGGUUACUGGUGAUCUCUUUGAUAUCAUGUCUGGGCAGACAGAUGUGGAUCACCCCUUGUGUGAGGAGUGCACAGAUACUCUGCUAGACCAGCUAGACACACAGCUUAAUAUCACAGAGAAUGAAUGCCAGAACUACAAGAGAUGUCUGGAGAUACUGGAAAAAAUGAACGAGGAUGAUAAGGAGAAACUGCAAACAGAACUGAAAGAACUUGCACUGGAAGAAGAACAACUGAUUCAGGAGCUAGAAGAUGUUGAGAAGAACCGCAAGAUUGUGGCUGAAGACUUUGAGAGAGUCAGGGCAGAGGCAGAGCGACUGGAGCAGGAAGAAGCUCAAUACCGUCUUGUACCGUAUGGCAACCACUCGUAUUUAGAGUCCCUCACGGACAAAUCGAAGGAGCUACCCUUGUACUGUUCUGGAGGCCUGAGGUUCUUCUGGGACAAUAAAUUUGAUCAUGCGAUGGUGGCUUUCUUGGACUGUGUGCAGCAAUUUAAAGAGGAAGUGGAAAAAGGUGAAACUCGGUUUUGUUUGCCUUAUAGGAUGGACGUGGAGAAGGGAAAGAUUGAAGAUACAGGUGGCAGUGGUGGUUCUUACUCUAUUAAAACACAAUUUAACUCUGAGGAGCAAUGGACAAAAGCACUAAAAUUCAUGUUAACUAACCUAAAGUGGGGUCUUGCCUGGGUCUCAUCCCAAUUCUAUAACAAGUAACCAUGUCAAGAACUUGUCCUGGAAUCUGCAUUUUAUUGGAGAAACUCAAAUUAAGAAGUCUCUGAAUACUAACCAGUACAAAAUGUUUACAAUACCAAAAAUCCACAAGACACUUUAUUUAAAAAAUAAAAAAACAUUAUUACGAGUAGUAUGUAGAAAAGCAAUAUGCAAAGUUAUAUAAUUGAGCUGAACUGAAUUUAAAAAAAAUCAGCUACUGAACAGACAUUAAACUGGUAUUUUGGGUGUUUAUAGAUAUGUAUAUGAGUUACUGUCAAACUUCAAAAUGACAGCGAGUUUGAUACUACUGUUACAGCUUAACGAAACAUAGGGGUUAGAAAAGUGAAAUGAUUCUAAUGGGGAAAGAUAUGGAAAAAACUCAUGGAAGGUCUGUUUGGUCACGAACUACCGCUUAAAAUAAAAUAUUUUCUAAGUCAUACUGACAUUUCUUUUUGCCACUGAACUUUACAAGGGUUUGAAACUGUAAAAUACUGUUAGCUACGAUGAUAUCACCUAUUUGUAAUACUUGCUGUAGCCUGUUAUUGCACAGAGGUGCACCAAUAAUAAAACACACCAUUCUACCCUGAGAGUGCUUUCAUCUGGCACACACUAGUCACAGCCUAAGCAUCCCUUAGCAUUUAUGCAGCUACGCUGAACAGGUACCUGCUGCCAUGACAACUGCAUGCAGCUUUCAAAAUAGGUGAGUUUUUCUUUCCGCAGCACUGCUCAGCUAGCUGGCUUGCUAAAAGCAAGAGCAAACAAGCCUCUGACCACUGGCAAAGAGGGAACACAGUGACAAGCAGCCUGGCUGCAGCAAGCUGUCUGAAACAACAAUUAGUUUUUAAACCAGCAGCACGAGAAAGUACAGCCCAGUCUGUAAUAACUUGUAGCAAUACCGAUUACGAAGCUGAAUAACAUUCACAUUAAUGCUUUUUCAAAUCAAGACUCCUUACAGUUUUCAAAUGAAACAUAUUCAGUAAGUUAAAUGCAGCUCUUAAAAAAGCUUUUAGAGCUGAAAAAGAUACUGCUAAACGCUGCUUUGUUCCUGUGUAUCUCUCUUCACGCCACUAGCGCAUAGCCUGAAGAACAAGCUUUUCUAAUUUAAACAUAGCAUAUGAAAUAUUACAGAACACACAUGGUAUUCAAAAUCAAAAGAAAAUCAAUUUGGGUGCCCUGUAUAGUAUCACAGGAGGUGAAAUACUAUCAAAAGAGUAACUGUUUGCUACUAACAAACUAACAGAUCCAGAGGAUAACUCUAUUUAAAAGGCAUAAUUCUAUUCUCUGGAAUUUUGCUUCUACCUCCUGUGGUGCUGUUUUGGAGUGGUACUGCCAAUAAUGUGUUUCAGUACUGCAUAUGAAAAUUCUGAGAUACUUUGUGAAGUAAUGCCAGUAAUACAGUUUAAAUGCUCCACAACCUUAGGGGAAAAAAAGAUACUUAUUUACAGUGCCUAAAAUAAAUUAAUUUACAGAGCUACUUCUUAGCUUUACCCCAAAUCUAAGAAGAAGAAUAAUGCUCCACAAACCCCAAGUCAUGUGUGUUUUUGACUAAAGUCAAAACCUUUCUGUAUGUCAGAGCAAGGGGUGGUUUUUUGUUGUUGUUGUUCUUUUUUGUUUGUUUUUUAAACAAAUUGCCUCUACUAAAGAAAUAAAAUGAAAAAGCUA